UCAUUUGCCCUAAACAUCGCAAGAACAGGACCUCCGACUCACGUUCAUCUUCCUCAGGUGCGACUCCAUUUUAUCGUUUUUUCUGAACACUUUUUGUGCCAUUGAACAUGAUUUUGUGCGAUUUCUUCAAUCUUUCUUUCUCGUUUUCUUCAAGCUUUCUUUCUACCGAAUGAGGUUCAAUUUGUGUGUAUUUCUGUUAAAAACAGAUGUGCGGCUGUGUGUAUAUUUGUGUGUAUUCGAACUCAGCUCCACAUGAUAAAUGCUUGAUGAAAACAGAGUUGCUACAUAUUUUGUGUUAAAAACAGAUGUUUGUAUAUUUCUGUGUAAUCGAAAUCAGCCCCUUAUGUGUGUAUGGGUGUAUGUUUAUUUCUUGAUCUUGCUCUACAAGUAAAUAUGUAACAUUUUUAUCAUUCCUUUAUUCCUUAGACAUCGAAGAAAAGAAAAGUUGAGCUAGUUUAACAUAAACUGGUAUUAGUUUUGGAGAAGAAAGAUCGACUAAAGAUAUAAUUGAGAAAGAUGCGAUUACUUACUCAUGCAAUUUCCCAACUCUCUACAAAUUCAAGAGCCACACAGUUAAAAAGCAUCACAAAUUCAUUAGCUUAUACUUUCAGUUUAAGCAAUCGUUUUCUUUCAACUAAUAAAGGAAACGAAGGUGAUAUUGAUUGGGGCUCUGCAUCAACUUGGUCAAGCGGGCUCACUAAAGAGCAUUUUGAUGGGGAGGUUAUAGGACACAAAGUAGGCGGCAAUGAUGGCGGUGGUGGUGGUGGUGGAGGAGGAGGGGUAUUAAGGUCAUCUCAACUUGUACCUAGAAGUUGGAAUAAUGAUGAUGAUGAUGAAAUGGAAAAGCUAAGGAAAAUGGCAGCUGAAGCUUCUAGAAAAGAUGGUGAGUUUGCAAGUAAAUGGAAGGAAAGGAUGCGUGAAACAAGUUUGUUAAUGAAACAGGUGAUUGAGCCAGGGGCAAGAGGGUCAUAUUUGAAAGAUUCAGAAAAGGCUGAAAUGUAUCGGUUUCAUAAGGAGAAUCCAGAAGUUUACACUGUUGAGAAAUUAGCAAAAGAUUACAGAAUCAUGAGACAAAGGGUUCAUGCUAUUUUAUGGUUGAAGGAAGAUGAAGAGAAAAUGGAGAAAAAACUUGGACACCCUCUCGAUGAUUCUGUUGAACAGUUGCUUGAUAAUUUCCCUGAAUUCUUCGAUUGGCAUGAUAGGGAAUUCCAUGUUGCGACUUUACCAUAUAAGCCGGAUUUUAAAGUGAUGCCAGAAGGUUGGGAUGGAAGCAUUAAGGAUCCAGAUGAGGUGUUGUAUGAGAUUUCAAUGAAAGAAGAUGAAAUUUUAUAUCAAGAAUUUUCUUGAGAAAUUCAACUUUAACAAGAUGAAAAUUGAGGGGAAAGUGAAAGUGCACAAGUACAGUAGGAGGCGUCCAACAGAGGGAUGGGAUAUUACAGUUGAGAAGAUGGGGCCACGUGGCAAACGGGGGGAUGGGGGUGGUUGGAAGUUCAAGAGCUUGGCUGAUGGGUCCACCAGACCACUUAAUGAUUAUGAGAAAAUGUUUGUAAAACGAGAGAAACCUCGCAGGAGACGGAAGAUUCUACACCCAAAAUAAAUUCAAUUCUCACAUAUUUAGGAUUUUUGUUUGUGUUAAAUGUAGUGCAAACAUCUGUCUUUUUUGUUUCUUUGUUACUACCUAUAUAAAUGUAAUAUGCUUUGGCCAAAACAUUUCAUAGAUUUUCGAAAUGGAACCUGUUAGGCCAAAUUUAUAUAAAUGGUUCCUGAUUUAAUAGGAAAU